AUGAAGGGACCAGAACUUCAUACCUCUCGAGUGCUCCCUGAAGCCUUUGCUUAUUUCCGUGGACGUGCAGCGAAGAAUGGCCUGACUUUGGUCUUAAAACUGAAAGCCAUCGCAGCUGCCCCAAGCCUAGCUUUGAAGGAUUGCGGAGAUGAAUUUGCAAGUGAUGCGCGGCUAGAUGCAGCUCAAGAGAUGCUCUCUAGUUGCGAAGAUUUAGAUGAAAAAGUUGGGCUCAUGGAGUACCUUUCCAUUCUGCACCUGCACAGGGAUAAUACCCACAGAGCUUUGAGGCACAUCAAGGAGGCCGUGACCUUGGCUCGAAAGCAUCACUCUCAGCAUUUAAUCUCUGUGCUUCGAACUCAAGAACUUGCACACCUCCUUCGGGAGGAUACUGCUGCAGCCGGGGUGAUUGCUAAGGAGAUUGAGGAUUCCAACGGAAAUCCCGAAAAGAACCCUCAACUCCAACACUUGCCAUAUCUCGACUUGCUGCGAAAAGUUCUGCAACCCGAGAUGGAUGACCAGGGUCGCUUGAGCCUUGUGGAUUUCUUGGUCAUGAAGUUGAAGAGUUCUAGUGAGGCUUUGGCGCUUGCAACGGAAGUAUGCGAGGAGUCGCUUCAUCCCAUGUCACAAGGCAUGUCUUGGCUCUUUGCGGGGAAAAUGCAACUGCGGUCUUCAGCAGGUCUUCUUUGUUUCAAGGAGGCGGUGUCCCUUUUCGGUGCACAGAAAGCGACCGAGGCGGAGGCCACUGCCUUGCACGGUCUGGCCACCUGUUUGUUGUUGCAAGAAAGACCUGACCCAAGUAGCGCAUUAGACUGUGCUCAGAAGAGUCAGGUCUUCUUUCAGGAAUUGUGCGAUCUGCGUGGUGAAGCGAUUUCACUCCAGACUGCUUCGAACUGUCGGCUUUUGCUUAAGGACCAUGCUGGGGCUGUAGCAGCUGCCUUAAAGGCUGCGAAGCUUUUCGCUCAAGCUGGCGACGAACAUGGCAAGAGCAUGGUGCGGAAGUUGCUUCGCAGCUUGGGUCAGAAUGAUCAGCAAAUCGAAGAAGCUCUGUCGAAACAAGCUGCAGAAAGUGUGGCGCAUUUCGACGGAGUGGCCGGAAAGGAAGUUGCCAAAGACAUGACUGAAGAGCAGAGGCAAAGAGACGAAUACAUCAAAACAAUUAUGGAAGAACAGGUGGUUUUCGAGUAUGUCUGGGUCCCUUCAGAAACUCAAGAUCCCAAACAUUUUGGUGAGAAAAGAGCUUCUGGAUCUGGACCACGGAAGAUCUUCGUAGCAAGUGAACUGAGAGAUAAGCGUCUCAUGCAACAACUGGCCGCCUGCCGUGCCAAGCGUGAGGUUACGCCCUUCUUUGCCAACUUGAUGAAUGGGCGUUUGUUGGUGUCAAGUUCACUCCAAGCAGCGAUGGAAGUCUCGGCAUGUGCUUCUGUGAUCUUCGAUGUGACGAGACUGAACAACAUGACGCCCUUGGAAGUGGUAGAUGUGGCCAUUCGAUUGGUUCAGGCCUUGCAAGUCAUCGAACCCGUGGUUACCAUGGAUGUGGUUCUUGCAUCCACCCAGAAUAUUUCCUCUGUGACCGGUAUACGAACUCCUUUCCACUCCACUUUGUGGGGGUUCUGCCGUACGGCAAACAUUGAAAAUCCCAUGCACGAGUUCCGGGUCCUUGAUAUCGACGCCAAGCGGUGGAAGGAGGACAUCGCUUUCACCACGCGAUACCUCAUGGGUGCGCAAGCGACUCGACCAACCGAGGCGAUCAUCCGCAACGGUGGGUUGCUGGUCUCAAGAAUGGUCAGUGCCAGGAUGAAGCUCCAAGCACCUUAUAAGAUUGAUGGCUAA